AACUUUCUGCUUGCAGAGCACCAACCGACUUACUCUCGUCUCCUCUCUGCUGAUUGACAGUAAGGAGCAUUGAUAUUCUCCACCUCAGGCUUUUUUCUCUCCCUUCAAACUGGUCUAACACACAUUUUUGGAGGACCGGCUGUGGAUGUGAAGCUUUUUUGAUUCAAAACAGACUAUUGAGAGUUUUUGCCUGGAUGAAAGUGAAACUUUAAAUACAUUUUUAAGUGACUUGGAAGAAUGGCAUCUAGAUAUUUUUCUGAGGAUGAUUUGUCUUGUCCAGUGUGCUUAGGUAUUUUUAGAAAUCCUGUCGUUUUGUCCUGUAGUCACAGUUUCUGUGAACAAUGUAUUCAGUGGUUUUGGAGAAAGAAAUCAUCUAAAACAUGUCCAGUUUGCCGAAGAGUAUCUUCACACAAACAUCCUCCAUUAAAUUUGGCUUUGAGGAACCUGAGCGAAACCUACCAACAAGAGAGAAUACAGAAAUCUCCGUCAGGAGUCUGCAGCGAUCACAAAGAGCCGCUCAAGCUCUUCUGUCUGGAUGAUCAACAGCCCGUGUGUUUGGUGUGUCGAGACUCCAGAAAACACUCCAACCACAGAUUCUGUCCUGUAGAUGAAGCUGCGAUGGACAAUAAGGAGAUACUCAAAGCUUCACUGAAUCACUUACAGGAGGAACUGAGAAUAUCUGUGAAUCUUGAACAGAAUCUGUGUAAAACUGCUGAAGAUAUUAAGUUUUACGCUCAACUCACAGAGACACGGAUUAAAGAGGAGUUUGAGGAACUUCACCAGAUUCUACACAAUGAAGAAGCAGCCAGAAUAACAGCACUGAGAGAGGAAGAGGAGCAGAGGAAUCAGAUGAUGGAGGAGAAGAUGGAGGAGGCGACCAAACAGAUUUCAUCUCUCAGAAGCAUAAUUGAAGACAUAGAGGAGCAGAUGAAGGCUGAAGAUGUUUCAUUCCUGCAGAACUUUAAGGCCACAUUGCAAAGAGCCCAGUAUGUCCUUCCGGAUCUAGACCUCAGUCCAAGUGUGAUCACUUUCCCAAAUCACCUGACCAAUCUGAAGCUCAAUGUCUUACAGAAGAUGCAGGACAAUGUUGGUAAAACUUCAGACUUCAACACCGGUCAUUCUCAUGUCCUAUUUGAUGAUUCAGUGAAAUAUAAUGAAAACAAGCAUUUUCAGAGUAGUAGAGGGAACAGUCCACAUAUGUUGUCCAUAGAACCACAGCAAGUAAAAGAAAAUGAAAUGAGAACAGCAACUAAUUCCUGGAGGGCAAGAUCCAUAAAUGAUUCACAGCAAGUAAAAGAAAAUGAAACAAGAACAGCAACUAAUUCCUGGAGGGCAAGAUCCGUAAAUGAUUCAAAACAAGUAAAAGAAAAUGAAACGAGAACAGAAAGUAAUUCCUGGAGGGCAAGAUCCAUAAAUGAUUCACAGCAAGUAAAAGAAAAUGAACCAAGAACAGCAACUAAUUCCUGGAGGGCAAGAUCCGUAACUGAUUCACAGCAAGUAAAAGAAACUGAAACGAGAACAGCAACUAAUUCCUGGAGGGCAAGAUCCAUAAAUGAUUCAAAACAAGUAAAAGAAAAUGAAACGAGAACAGAAAGUAAUUCCUGGAGGGCAAGAUCCAUAAAUGAUUCACAGCAAGUAAAAGAAAAUGAACCAAGAACAGCAACUAAUUCCUGGAGGGCAAGAUCCGUAACUGAUUCACAGCAAGUAAAAGAAAAUGAAACGAGAACAGCAACUAAUUCCUGGAGGUCAAGAUCCAUAAAUGAUUCACAGUAACUAAAAGAAAAUGAAAUGAGAACAGGAACUUAUUUCUGGGGGGAAAGGCCCGUAAAUGCCCCCCUUGGUGCCCCCUCUCGGAACAUGACAAUUAUGAGAUCCAGUUCCCAACUGUCUGAAAAUAAAUGAACAAAUGAACGUGAAGAAAAGUGCAAGAUCUGUUGGUAUGUCAUCAAAUCAAUCUUACACUGUAAUGUUGAUUCAACAUAACAUUUCUCUUUCUAUUUCAAAACAAUCAAUAGAGAUUACUACUUUCCAAAAAAAAGAUAAUUCUUACAAAAGUAAAAGGUGUGGUUUGUCAUAAAUUGUUCUUUCAAUUUAGCUUUGAAUUUUUAAUUUUAUAAAUUAUCAUCUAAAUUAAACUAUCAUCUAAAUUAUCAUCAGAAUUUGGGUGUUUGUACAUUAUUCUCUGUAAUUUAUGAAACAAUAAUCAAAUAUUUUAUUAUUCUUAAUUAUGAAUUUGGGGUUAGGGUUCUGUAAUAAAUUGAUAUUUGUAAUUUGGCUUUUAUCCGUCAUAUUAUAUGUUAACAAUAAAGAAACAACAAACAAGUACAUUUUUGUUUGUUUUUUUGGAGUAUUUGAUGAACAGAAGGCAGGAAAGGUGAGUACAAAUUAAACAGUCUUUAUUUCAGGAAAGCAGGCAAAGCUGAGCGGAGAGACACUGGCUGGAAGGGAGUUAAACGUGAAAUGAAGGUGAGAUCCUGUUUUUUGCGAGAAGGUUUAUGGGAUAGGUGACUUUCUUGAGCUGCCUCUGCACAGUAAAAUGACCUAUAUAGCGGAGACUCCGCUUACGGCAGGGCAGUCAAAGACGGAUGUCCCAAGUGGAUAACCACACCUUUUGUCAGGGCUGGUAACGUAGAGUGUCAGCUCUAUGGGCAUCAGCUUGGGUCUUGACUUUGCACUGCCCUUUGGAGAUUUACAUGAGCUGAGUCCCAUACCCUCUCGCUCUGCUGGAACCAGUGGUUAACAGCUGGAACCUCCGAUGGCUCGCCGGACCAUGGGAAUAACGGUGGUUGGAAUCUAAGCACACACUGAAACAGAGUAAGCCCAGUGGUGGAUUCGAGGAGAGAAUUCUGGGCAUACUCUGCCCAGGGGAGGAACCAGCUCCAGCUGUUCUGGUUCUGGUGGCAGUAUGACCGCAGGUACCUCCCGAUCUCCUGGAUCUUGUGCUCAGUCUGGCUGUUGGUUUUAGGAUGUUAGCUGGAGGAUAAACUGAUGGUGAUGCCAAGGAGUUUGAGUAUGGCUUGCCAGACUCAGGAGAUGAAUUGUGGUCCUCGGUCUGAUACUAUGUCUUCAGGCAGAGCGAAGUGGCAGAAGACGUGUUGGAGGAGUGCUUCGGCUGCUUCAAAGGUGGUAGGUAGACCCUUCAUAGGAAUGAGCUUGCAGGAUUUUGAGAAUCGAUCAACAACGAAGAUGCAGGUGUGAGAAUCAGAGGGUGGAAGAUCUGUCUUGAAAUCAAUGCCGAUAUGGGACCAGGGACGUUGUGGUAUGGGCAGAGGAACCAGUUUUCCAGCAGGUUGCUGACAGGGGAAUGUUGGUGAUGGCACAGACUGAGCAUCCCUUGAUGUACCGAGAGAUAUCCUAGGCCAUGGAUGACCACCAGUAGCGUUGGUUGAGGAGCAAGAUGGUUCGCUGACUACCUGGGUGUCCAGAGCCCGGACACGUGUGAGCUGAGUCCAUGAGGGGCAGGCGACAGGUGGAUGGAACGUAAGUUUACCCCUCAGGACCUCUCAGCGGAGCAGGUUCAGUAAUUGUGGCUUGACGGAUUUGAUCGUCGAUGGACCUAUUGGAUAGGGUUGACUACCAUGGCUGGAGGGAGAAUGGUUUCAGGAGUUCUGGGGUUCAGGAUCAGGAUGGUACAGGAGAGAGAGAGAGUGUCGGCUUUAAUAUUCUUGUGCCCAGGUCGAUACGUGACUAUACAGUAAAAUCUUGUGAAGAACGGGGGUUAAGAUGCUCGGCUUCACGUAGAUAUUCCAGGUUUCAAUGGUCGGUGAUGAUCUCAAACUGAUGGUUGGCUCCCUCCAGCCAGUGUCUCCAUUCCUCCAAUGCAAGCUUUAUGGCCAGGAGCUCACGGUUGCCUAUGUCAUAAUUCUGCUCCACUGAGGACAGCUUUUUGGAAUAGAAGGCACAUGGAUGGAGGAGUUGUGGGUCACCCUGCCGCUGGGAUAAUAUAGCUCCAACUCCAGUUGUGGGUUAGGAUGGUGGAGAAUUGGAGCAGACACGAAGGCUUCUUUGAGGCUCUCAAAGGCGUUGGUGGCAGAUGGUGUCCAGGACUUGGGCCGGUUUUCAAGAGGGAAAAAACACCACUUCAUCAUAAUUUUUUAUGAAGUGGCGGUAAAAGUUGGCAAAGCCCAGGAAUCUUUGGAGUUCUUUGAUGAUGGUAGGUGGUGGCCAGUUCAGGAUGGUGACAUAACCGAGGAAAUGGACAGAGGUGGUAUGAAACUCACAUUUCUCUAGCUUCAGAUAGAGCUGGUGUUCUCUGAGGCGUUAUAAGACCUGCCUUAUGUGAUGCCAGUGUUCAAUCAGGGAACUGGAAUAGAUCAGAAUAUCGUCUAUGUAGACGAUGACAAAGCGCUGCAGGAAGUCUCGGAAUACCUUGUUCAUGUAGUUCUGGAAGAUGGCUAGUGAGUUGAACAGGCCAUACGGCAUCACCUAAUAUUCAUAGUGCCAUGACAGGGUCACGAAGGCGGUCUUCCAUUCAUCUCUUCCUCUAAUACGGAGUAGAUUAUAUGCGCUUCACAGGGCCAGUUUUGAGAAAAUGUGAGCUCCACGCAGCUGCUCCAAGGGUGCUGGGACCAGAGAAAGUGCAUAAUUGAAUUUGACUGUUUGGGAGUUGAGUGUGCGGUAAUCCAGCCUCCGUCCUUCUUGGCCAUGAAGAAGCAUGAAGCGGCAGGGGAUGUAUAUAGUCGAAUGAACUCUUGUUGGAGUGCCUCUUGGAUGUACUCCUCCAUGGCCUUCUGCUCUGGGAUGGACAAAGGGUAAACUCGACCUUUCAGUCGAUGAGGUGGUAUUUGGGUUGCCAACCGCUUGCUGAACACAUUCUGGAAUACCCGAUAUUCAGGAGGAAUUUUUUUCUACUUUGCACUCCGUGUCAGGACUUUCAAUGGAGGUGGAAUUGACAAGGGUCAUGGCGGUGGAGGAUUCAGAUGACUCAGGAGGUUGAGUAUGAGGAACUUUGUUUACAGAAGACAGGCAGUUCCUAAAACAAGAUUCGCCCCAUUGAAGAAUCUCACCGGUGUUCCAGUUGAUUUUAGGCUUGUCUUCAGACAUCCAUGGGCAUCCCUGUAUGAUGUCUGUGGUGGAUCCUUCCAGUACCAUGAACGAAAUUUCCUUAGAGUAGAGACAGCUGAUGCGGAACGUCACGGUGGGGGAGAAAUGCCAGAUGCGACCAUGGCCCAACAGUUUUCCCAGGAUCGUAUGAACUCUUAGGUUUUGGGAACAGUGUUUCCUUUUGAUGUUGAGUUCUUGAAAGAGGUGGUGAGAGAUGAAAUUCCCUGCUGAACCGGAACCGAUGAGAGCUUGUGCUGAAACAGAAGUAUUACAAAGUAUUACGUUCGAGGAGGUUGAACUGGACAGCCAGUGAUAAUGUGCCCAUCUUACCCACAGUAUUGACAGAGAUGGUUAAGGAUCCUUCGUUGAUGCUCCACUGGCGUGAGGUGAUGGGAGUCGAUCUCUGCCCUAAGGGGCGGAGGGCCCUAUUGUUUUCCUUAGGUACAUUUUUCUUUUAAACUUUCAGGCACUUUUGGGUCCCUUAACAUGCUCAAAAACUCUUGAAACUUUGCACACACAUUGAAAUUAUCAGCCAUCAGGGCUGGGCACAAGUUGUCAUGGGGGAGGACCAUUUUAUAUGGUUGUAUUUGAGGCGCUCUGUAGAGCACCCCUUUUCACCUACAGUAACCAAACUUCAUACAGUUAUAGGUCUCAUCGGGGCGAACAACUUUCACACUCUAAGUCAGGGGUGUCAAACAUACGGCCCACAAAGGUGUCCAAUCUGACCCGGGGGAUGAUUUGAACUAUAAUAAAAAAUAGAGAUGCACUAGUCCAUUGGUCAUAAAGCCAAAUGUUUUUUAGUUUUAUUACAUGAAAGAUAAUUUUCAAAAAUCCAUAUUAGGGGCACUUUAAAUUAAAUAAAUAACUUAUGAUUUUUACCACAGAAAUGAAUCAACAUCGAACUUAAAUUAACUGGACAAUGACUUUAUUCUAGAGCUGCUGUACAGCCUAAACAAAACAAAGCAUUAGUUUCCGGUGAUCACUGUAAAGCUCCUUUGAAACAAUCUGUACUGUAAAGAGUGCUAUAGAAAUAAAGGUGACUUGACAUGCA